AUGGCUCGCAGGCAGUUGUACGUUUUCGGAUGUGCAGGUGACGGACAAUUGGGUUUUCGUCCGGAUUCUGUUGAAAGCGAUUCUCAAAUGAUGAUUGUUCCGCGGUUGGUAUAUGGUGCACCAACUGGACAAAAUGGUGUUACUGUGAAAUCUAUCGCUAGUGGUGAAAGACAUACGCUAUUUUUGUCUGAUGAUGGAAAAGUAUGGUCUUGCGGUAGUAAUUAUAAUGGUGAACUUGGUCGAGGAGGUGUCAGAGAAGGCUCAUAUACUAUAUAUCCUGUACAUAUAUCAAGUACCGUUAGCAUCAUCCAAAUAUCGGCUGGUCGAAGUCACAGUAUGGCAGUAUCAGACGAUGGUCGGUUGUUCGCAUGGGGUAGUAAUAGUCAUGGGCAACUUGCAAUGUCUGGGGAUAUUCUUGCUUCUGAUACUCCCAAGCGUGUGCCAUCAUUGCCAGAAACAGUUCAGGUGGCUUGUGGAGCAUCUCAUACAGUAUCAUUAAAUGGCGGUGGCCGAGUUUUUAUUUGGGGCCAACAGUCCGAUGGACGGAUACGACAUUCUCCUGCUGAAGUUGAAAUAUUCAUUUCUAUACCUAUAGUUCAAAUUAGUGCUGGGAAUUUGUUUACAAUGGCUUUAACAGCAAGCGGAACAUUAUUUGCGUGGGGAAAGAAUGAAGAAGGGCAACUUGGAGAUUUUACAAACAAAGAUGUGGUUAAUCCUUGUGCAGUACCAAAUAUUAAUUCAGUUGUAGCUGUUGAAUGUGGGGAUAGUCAUUCCAUUGCACUCACUCAUGAAGGACGCGUAUUCUCAUGUGGUAGCGAUUCAUUUGGACAAUUAGGUUGCGGCCAGCCAAAUAGGUCACAGAACUGUAUGAGAGGCAUUACCGAAAUGCUUGGAAGUCACGUAACGAGAAUUGCCUGCGGAAGAUGUCACACAAUAGUUGUGGCAAAUGGAAAGAUGCAUACGUUUGGAUUGAAUAGCAACGGGCAGCUGGGUCAUGGAAACACACGAAAUCAAAUUACACCACGUGUGAUUGAUUCAGUUGAGAACGUGGCAUCGGUAUUUGCCGGUUGGGAUCAAAGUUUCUGCUUACAGAUUCAUACAAAACAUGCAUAUGAUGUGCUUUCUGGACCAAGUAGCUAUCUUCAAAAGCCGAAGUAUUUGUCAUUGCAGCGAAUUCGUGACUUGUUCGCAGUUGGUGAUAAAUUAACUAUUAUUGGAGAAUUGGAAUCUGUAUUUUCGUCUUUAUCUUCAAUAAAUGCCUCAUUUCUUUAUGAAAAUGAAAAAAAAUAUCGAUGUAGUGCGUCAAAUAGUUGUUUGGAUUUGGAUCAUGUGGUUCAAGCAUCCAGUAUUAUUUCGGAAAAUACAGACGCAGAUCAAUAUGCGGAGAUAAUGCUAACAAGUUUGGAUGCAGCAGGAAUGUGGGAACUAUCUUGGGAAAAAAUAAGCUGUCUGGAAUCUCUUCGAAUUUAUCUAAUUUUGCCUUCACUAUAUUUGUUUUCUUCACCUUCUCAUGCAUCUGUUAAAUCACUUCAUUUGCCAUUUGUUCGUUCAAUUCAACUCCUUCGCGAAGCAAAUCGGAAGGUGCUAGAGAAGUGGUGGUCGUUAUUUGAGCGACGACAUUUCAAUCGUUUAGUAUCGGCGUUGGUUAAGGCUUUAGAACAGCUUGUGGAACAUGAGCCGAAUAAUACUUCUAAUGUUAUUCCUUUUUGCUCGAUUUUAUCGCGAUUAAAUGCCAUCAACAAAUCCCAGAAGUUGAUUGCUUACGAUAAAUUUUACUUGAAUAAUUUACAGAAAAAAGUUGAUAUGGCCAACGAUCUUGCUGGAUGGGAAUUUAACGCUCAGCAUGAUGUUUUCUAUUGGUCAAAUUAUCCGUUCCUUUUAAAUGCGGACUUAAAAACAUAUCUGUUGCAAUUGGAGGCUCAUAUUCAAAUGCAGAUUUCCAUGUCAACUUCUGGAAUUAUGAUAUUGCCUUUCAAUAUUUCGCUUCAACCGCAUCCGUUCUUUGAGAUAUCUGUUCAUCGGGAUAAUAUUGUUGACGAUGCAAUGAUUGCAUUAUUGUCAUCAAAACAUAUGGAUCUCAAAAAACCGUUGAAAGUUUAUUUUAUCGGUGAAGAAGCUGAUGAUGCUGGUGGUGUAAAAAAAGAGUUCUUCAUGUUGCUUUUUCAAGAAUUACUUCAAGCAAAAUAUGGGAUGUUCACAGAGAAUGAAGAAUCACAUUUAAUUUGGUUCUCAGGAGUAGAAACAGAUCCAUUAAGCUUUAAACUUGUUGGAAUGCUAUGCGCUUUGGCUAUCUACAACAGUGUCCUCGUUGAUUUUCCAUUUCCUUUGGCUUUGUAUAAAAAAAUCUUGGAUGUUCCAUUAGAACUUGAAGAUUUAAGUGAAUUAAGUCCUGCAGAAGGAAGAUCGUUGAGGAGUCUUCUGGAUUAUGAAGAUGACGAUAUUGAAGAAGUUUUUUGUUUAACAUUCAUGAUUUCUGUAUCCUUAUUGGGUGAUAGUAAGGAUAUCGAGCUGAAAACAAAUGGUGCUGAAAUACCAGUAAAUCAAGCAAAUAAACUUGAAUUUGUCCAGCUUUAUAUAAAAAAACGCUUGGAAGAAGGUUGUUAUGGUGAAAUAGGUCGUCAAAUGCGUUCAUUUGCUGAAGGAUUCGGAAGCGUGAUGCAUUCAAAAAUCAUGAAUUUCUUUCAACCGCAAGAACUCAUGGAGAUGGUUGUUGGUAAUGAAAAUUAUGAUUGGAAUUUAUUUCGAAAAAAUGCAGAAUAUAAAGGAGUAUAUCACGCACGACACGAAGCAAUUCUUUGUUUUUGGGAAGUUUUCUUUGAAUUUAACAUUGUUGAAAGGAAGAAAUUUUUGCAAUUUUUAAUGGGAACCACAAGGAUACCGAUUCAGGGUAUGUCAGCAGUACAGAUACGGAUACAGCCAUGUGAUGAGAAAGCACUACCAGUAGCGCAUACAUGUUUCAAUUUGCUUGAUUUGCCGAAUAUCACCGAUCGACAAGAGAUGCGACGUAGAUUGCUUAUAUGUUUAGAUCAGUGUCAUGGUUUUAAUCUGGUAUAA